GGAAGCACACCGGCGGCGGCGAUGGGCCGGCGCGAGUCCAUCGGGACGGGCAGGCGGCGUUCGCCGGCUGCCGGGAUGGAGACCUUGCCGGAGCUCUUGCUGGUGCCGCAGGCGACGAAGACGCGGAGGGCGCCGGUGGCGGCAGCGUCCUCGGAGGGCUUGAGGUCGGGUUCCCGAGUGGCGGCGGCGGCGGCGGCGGCGGCACGAGGUUCCCUGCUUGUCGCGCUGUGACCGGGCGUAGCGGGGCCAAAGCAUCCCGAACCGCGCUGACCCAAGCGAGACGCCGGCCAUGGAGAAGAACCGGCAGCAGCAGCAGCAGCUCCCCCCGACGGCGGCCAAGAGCCUCGCCGUCGCGCGGGGCAACAUGCUGAGCGCGCCCAAGCCCCUGGCCUUCUCCAUCGAGCGCAUCAUGGCCAGGUCGGGCCCCGAACCCCAAGCCGUGCCGCUGCUGCCCCACUUCUUACCAGGGGGAGGCGGGAUCCCCAAAGCGGCUGCAGCCACGGCGGCGGAGCAUCUGAAGCCGCAGCAGCAGCAGCAGCAGCAGCAGCACCAGCCGGCGUUCAGCCUAGGGCCCUCCAUCCCCUGCAUGAUCCCCUUCGUGCCGCUGGCUUACGAGCCCUUCGCCAAGGUGGGGUCCGAGCCCAGGAAGCCCCCCUUGGAGCCGGCCUCCUCCUCGUCCUCCGCCUCGUCAGCUCUCGGCUGCGCGCUCAGCCUCAAGCCCCAGGCCGCCGAGCCGGCCCUCGGCUUGCCUCAGCAGCCGCCCCACUACAAGCUGGUUCGGCCGCGGGUGAUCAAGCACUCCUCCUUCCACGCUCUGGGCGCCCUGAGCUACUUCAGCCGGGCGGCAGAGCCGCAGCCGCAGCCGCCGGGCCUGAGCCUGCACCCGGUGGCCUCCUAUUUCCUGGGCUCGCCGCUGCCGGCGCCCGCCUUGCAAGACUCGACGGCGCCCAAGACCUACCUGGCCGAGCGCAAUAAGCUCCAGGUGCUGCCGUCCGGGCCGGAGAAAUACUCCCAGGCAGCCUUCAAGGACCUAGCACAGGCCCAGCUGCACAACGCGGCCGCCGCCGCUGCCGCUGCCGCCGCCGCCGCGGCUCACCUCCUAGCGUCGGAGAAGCUGCCGUUCAAAGGAGUGUCGGCCGACUUCAGCCGAGGCUCGCCCAGCGCCAAGCCCAAGGUCUUCACCUGCGAGGUCUGCGGCAAGGUCUUCAACGCGCACUACAACCUGACCCGCCACAUGCCGGUGCACACGGGCGCCCGGCCCUUCAUCUGCAAGGUCUGCGGCAAAGGAUUCCGCCAGGCCAGCACCCUCUGCCGCCACAAGAUCAUCCACACCCAGGAAAAGCCCCAUAAGUGCAACCAGUGCGGGAAAGCGUUUAACCGGAGUUCCACGUUAAACACCCACACGCGCAUCCACGCGGGCUACAAACCUUUCGUUUGCGAGUUCUGCGGGAAAGGCUUUCACCAAAAAGGGAACUACAAAAACCACAAGCUGACUCACAGCGGCGAGAAGCAGUUCAAGUGCACCAUUUGCAACAAGGCCUUCCACCAGGUCUACAACCUGACCUUCCACAUGCACACCCACAACGACAAGAAGCCCUUCACCUGCCCCACCUGCGGGAAAGGCUUUUGCCGGAACUUUGACCUCAAGAAACACGUCCGCAAACUGCACGACAGCGGCGGGGGCGCCUCCCUGGGGCUCCCUCGAGGCAGCAGCGAGCCAGACCUGCCGCCGCCGCCGCUGCUUCACCGUCCGUGAAGCGCCCCGGGCGCGCCCUUCUGCGCCGGCUGCGUUCCCCCGGCUUCUCGCACUCGCUCCCGAGGAAGCCGCGCUGCUGCUGGCAGAAGCAGCGGGACUCCGUGAACUUCGGCUCCUUGAUUGCUGCCGGGGGGGGGAAGGGGGAGCAAAAAGACUGCAACCGCCGCCCUCCCCCCCCCCCACGAUUUGCGGAGGGCGGCGCUCCGGGCAUGUAUUUAUUGAGCCUUGCCAGAUCCAAGCCGCGGCCCUCUCUGUAACUCGGACGCCUUGGCAAUCUCUUUCUCUCUCGGUUGUUCCUGCAUGUGUGUGUGUAUGUGUGUGUCCGUGUGUUUGGAGCAGCAAGGCUGACUCUGCGGACUGACGGUGCUUGAGCUCGCCCGAUAAGGAGAGGGGUGCUGGUGACAAAAUGCAGAAUGUCAGAGAAUGCCUGCCUUUCCACGUGGUCUCCUUUCCCGUUUCCUUUCCUUUCCCCCAACGAGACUUCGCAGCCAGUAGGAAGCAAAUGAAGAGGCGCGUGCUUUGGAAGGAAGCACUUUCGAUUCUAGUUUUUUUUUUUUUUCAAGUUUCUAUUUUUUCCAAGUGCUGGAGAAAGAAAAAGGCGGAGUGGGAUCCUCCGGACACCGAAGUCCAGAGUUAGUUUUUCACCUGGCCAGGAACUCAGCAGGCUCCUCAGCUGGCCCUUGGGAGUUCCCUGUCCCCCAGUAGCAUUUCCUGGAAGCAAAUACUUCGGGCAUCCUAACCCCCGGGCGGUCCCUUCGCAGUCACUAGCGAAGAGGAUGCGCUCCCCUCCUCCCUAAAAAGACGGCCCCUGUAUGGUCCUUCCAAAGACCUGGUCCUGAAUCCAGAAGGGGAGCAAAAUCGCUCCCUGUUUGUUUCCUACUCCUAAUAUAGAACCCGGGAAGAGAAAUUCAGUCCCGUUUCUCUGAAUUACCUGGAUCGGCGUCGUUCUGUAAAUCGGUUUAACCCAAGACCCGAAUGUGGAUCUCGGUAGACUCCCUUGAUAGGCGGACUGUUUUAAGGGGUGCAGUGAAUUCCUGAAGGGGCCUGGUAGCCCCUUUCCCGAAAUGUUAGGCCUCUAAAUGAAACGUGCCCAUGAGAAAAAAGGGGCUACUAGACUGAUUUUUUGCCCCAAUGGGCCAAGGUGCCUCUUUUCCAACGAAGCUGAACCACAAGGGCGCUUCUUUAUGGUAUCCAAGGCGCCCACCCCCCUUGGCUGCCCGAUCUCCUUGGCUCCUUCACUAGCUUGAGGAUCCCGGCAGAUUCCCCGCGCUGCAGAAAUAGCUGACCUGAAAGGCCAGUCCAAAAGAAAAAGGGGAACCCGCGUUAGGUUUCUUGUCGAGGGGGGCCCAUUCCUUCUGCGGUGUCCCUUUCUCCGAGGACAAUCCCAAAGAUUUCCCUGGACUGCAUGUGUGAAUGGAUACGUGCGCGGGUUUGAGUGUCUUACCGAGAAAGACCCAAUUUUGUCGCUAAAUACCUUGAAAGUACUCCAGUGCACCCUCGAGGGGGGGGGAAAUCCCGCCCUCAUCUCCUUCCUGGAGGCCUCCACCGUGUCCCCUUGGAUCUGACAAUCCCCGUUUAGGCGUCCUCCAGACUCCUUUGCUGUACAUAGAGAUUUUUAUCACCCGCUGUGUUGGUUGACUUUGCCUGCUGGUCGCUUCUGUUUGUCCCCCGGAUUCUCGAUUUCUCCCUUGUGGGUCGCUUCUCCUUUUUUUCCCCCUUCGCCAUUCCCGCGACCCACCUUUCAUCUCCUUCCCACUUCCCCGACCGUCCUAUUCUACCCCUUGUGGAGGUUUGUACGGAUUCUGAAAUUUCCAGUUGUAUUUUUUUAAAUUAUUAUAAUUAUGAUUAUUGCACGUGCAGAAAAAAAAACACAAAAACCCAGGGACUGGGGGUGGUGGAUUUGGUGGCAAAUAAAAGAGGUGGCUCGCCUCUUUAAAAACGGGAAAAACGGUGGCUGUUUCUCCUGCCUGGCAAGGAGGAGGGGCCGAGGGAAGGGAUUCCUCUGGGGGUCGCCCGCCCACCAACCUCGGAAGGUGAGCCAAGUAGCAGAGGUGCCAACGUGGGUCCUCGAGAAGCCUAGCCGGGCGCGGGUGUUGUCUAACUACGAAACGGUCCUGUCCGCUUGCCAAGCCACGGAUCUAACUGCUAAAAGAGUUUAAUUAAGACUCGAGGGUAAUUAGUUCGGAUUGAUCAAAGCUCCGGGCCUCGAGAGACGAUCCCCUGUAAACUCCUCCCCCCCCCCGGCGCGCGCUUCUUGGCAAAAAGAGGAGAAAGAGCUGAAAGGGAGCUUUGUCCUUACGCCGCCGCUCUCUUGCCAUAGCUGACCAGUCCGGGGGGGGGGAGGGAGGGAAUCUGCCUCCCUCCCUCACUACUGAGUGAAAGUGAUGCGGAGAGGGGCUGCAAGCACCGGCAUCCACCUCUCGACCGGAUCGCCCCUGAAGUGAAGAACGGCUCUACUCCAGGCAGAGGCCAGAUUAGGGGAUCUGAAGUCUUUCUCUGCCCUUUUCAAGCUACAAGUUUAGGGGCUCUUACCUCACGCCUACUCCGCCCCCCCCCCGGGUUUCUUUGGCGGCUGACUCGCCCGAGGAAGAACGGGCGGACUUGAGAGCUGGCAGGGCGCUCAUUGGUGGCCAAUAAAAGAUCUUCUCCUG